CACCGACAGUUGACGGGCCGACCGUUGAAAAGCGCUUCGUCAGGUGACAGGCGGUUGGCUUCGCAAUGCGCGCGGGCGGAAAGUAGUAGUGCGAGGGAGGGGUCCAAAUGGAUGAGGCGGCAGCUGAGGAACCGCCGCCGCCGCCGCCGAGUGGCGACAGCGGCAACGUCUCUCAGAGCCACAGCAGCGCCUCCGGCAUCGGGGAGGAGGAAGAAGACGACGCGGCCGAAGGAGAUGCCUGCGGAGCGGAGCUGCUGCUGGCCGCGGCCGCGGCGGACUACGCCGGGUACCUGCUGCCCUCGCCGCUGGGAGGAGUCCCCCCAACCGGGCAGAUUGAAACCUUAGACAAGAGUCUGGAAGAUUUGCUGACCAGGGUAGAUGAGUUUGUGGGGAUGUUAGAUAUGAUUCGAAGUGAUUCCUCUCAAGUAGUAAGUGAAAGUGUGCCUCAUAUUCAUGCAAAGGCAAUGGAAAUGAAGCAACUGUAUAGAAAGAUCGACAAACUGGAGGCCUUUGUAAAAAUGGUUGGAAAUAGCGUGUCAGGGAUGGAAGAACAGAUCACAAAGGCAGAAUCAGACCUUGGAGCGUUUCCAAAUACUUUCAAAAAAUUUCUACACACAAUCAAUGUGCCAUCUUUCCUUAACAAAUCAUCUUCCUCAAGGCAGAAUCAAACCAUUUAUGAACCUCCUGAUCUCUUCAAGACAGAAGACUACUUCCCUUCCCUCGGUGAAGCACAAUAUAUGUGAUUUAGCUUGACAAUGACAUUAUUGACAAGAGAGUCUUAUCUAAGUGAGUGCUGGUCUUAGGUAGUUGCAAUUCUUUGGAAAUUAUGUCCUGCUGCCUCCCAUGUGUCCCAUGCCCUCUUCAAACAUACUUCAGCUUAGUUUUGUAUAGAAUAUACUGUUCUCCCAGUCUUUCAACAAGGUGAACUAUACACAUGUUUGGCAGCUAACCUUUGCAAGUAACCCACUUUGAGGGCAGGGAGAGGGAGAUGGGGUUGGGUGGAGGCAAGUACACACUCAUGCCACAUGACUUUUAGACAGAAAUAGUCCUUCCUCCUCCCUGAUUUUAUGUGUAGGAAAGAGGAUAAGAGUGUGCAGAAUGGGCUCCUUAAGAUCAGCUACCUACCAAACACCUUUUUUACCUUUCCCAGCUAAAAAGUGUCAGGGAAGGCAAGUGGGGAAGUAACACCUGAGUUCAUACCUUCCUUUCUUACACCUGCCCCUAAGGAUGCCAUAAACACACAUACACACCUGCCUUUUUUACUUGUCAACAUUGAAAGGCUAGGUAGAAGCAGGUAUACUCUAUGUGUUUCUUACAUCUACAGCCCCUUCUUUGGGCCUGAAAUGACUCGUUGGGAGAUGGAAGAGGCCAAGCAAUAGAACUCAUUUUUGUCUUCCUCUGCCCAGGAGUGGGUUGGCAUAUGGGCAACAAGUUGCCAUACUCUAUUAUUUUCUUGGUUAUUCUCAUUUCAGAAAUUGGAAUAAAAAUGUAUAAAUACCCAUCUGCAGUUAAGAGAUUGAGGGGAGAAAACAGGAAAUGUAUGCUUUUGCAUCUCUCUUUAUUUGCUGCUGCUAGUAUUAACCCACAUACCACAAGGAUAUUUUUUUUAAUUAUUCUGUGGUACUUUUAAGUGCAAUAAGGACCAAAACUAUACAUUCAUGCCCUUUAAUGAAUGUAUCUGGAUUCAGUUCAAUGUAUUGGGUGGAAAUGCACUGUUUAAACAGGGAGAGGCAAAAGCUCCUUUGUUUUUUUUUGAACUGCUGCAAAGUAAAGUAAAACAGUUAUAGGUGCUGCCUACUGCAACAAUUCAGGGGAACUGUUGCUGACAAAAGCCCUUUUCGAUGAAUAUAUUAAAACGUUUGUAUAUAAAAUGCCAAAAGCGGUGGUCAAAGCUCUUAUAACUUAAAUCUAAUUAAAGUUUAAAUAAGA